ACAUGGCCUGUGUAGCCAUAGAAACGGACACGUCUCCUUUCAUCAGCAGUCUGUCUCUGAGCGGCUCAGAGGACACACUGGGCAAGAAACUCCUGCUCAAACUCAGCCACAGGAAGAGGAAAAAAUCCCGGGAAGGAGAAAAGACACCAGAGGACAUUUCAUAACAGCUGCUGGUGAAAACCUAGCAGAGAGAGUGUGUGAGUGUGUGUGUGAACUCCACCGUCUCCUGAUGGUUCUUUAAGAUGUUUGUAAAGACGAUGUGGUUGGUAAACUACAGCUAUCAGAGUUUUAUCUGAAAACAAACACACACCCCCGCUGUAGGAGAUGAAGUGGUCCAUCAGCAGGAAUGCACUGAACACAUGGAUGGAAGAAACCAUUUUAAUCAAAACAGACGGGGGUCGCAUCUUUGGCAAUAUGCAUCGAACUGAAGCUUCUUCACAGGUUUUUCAUGCUUGUAUAUAAAGGAAUUACUUUGAAUGUAUAAUGUUUGUAGAAAGAUAAUAGUUUUUAUACACUAUAUACCCUCCUCAUGCAAUCACCUCUCUAAUGAAGCUAAAGGGAAUAAUUGUACACAGGAAAUGGAUGAAAGACACCAAAGAUGUUGAUGUUUUUGUACAUACUGCUUCUCAUCACUCAACAAAAGUAAAGUGCAUUGUGUUCAUGCUUUUAAUUUGCUUUUUUAUCUGCUAGAGUGGUGCACUGAUUAUAUAUUUGUGUAAAUUGACCCGGAAGACAGCAUCUCCCUGGUUCCCUCGACAAAAAGCCAAUGGGAUUUGAGAAAAUAAUCUAUGUGUCAAAGAAACAUUUAUGAGGAUAAUCUCCAUAUAUUAACACCACUUUAUGAUUCUUGAAGUACAAAGCUAACUUUAGGCUAUAAAGGAACUACAGCACGGUCACAUGACUUCACGUCACCACCGCUAAGCUAAAGAAGGCUAAUGUUGGGCUAUAAAGGAACUACAGCACGGUCACAUGACUUCAGGUCACCACCGCUAAG